AGUCGGCCAACCAUUGUUCCGCGUUGAUUACCCGCUCUUGAUUAUGUUGUGUAUCUUUGCUGAUGGAGCUCAACUUUUACUGUGUUUUUCUUGAAAAUCCGCUUUUCAGGCCCAUCGCCGUCAUGCUGGGCUAGUGAUUUUCCCCGCAACAGCCACCUGGGAUGGACGAGGAAUCCUCGGAAAUAGCCAUACCGGACAUGACCGAUUCUCUGGCGAAUAAACCCGAGUCAAACGAAAGAACUGAGGAGCACGCCGAGACGAAUAUCGUCGAGCAUUCGACGGAAACUGUCGAAACGAUCCCCGUGAGUGCGGUACCUGUUUCUCUCCCGGUUGGAUCUCUGAUAAACGUGAGCGGCUCCACAACUGCUUUCAAUGUCAUCACAGCCGAUAGACUUCAGUUGUCUGGAGAGUUCCAAAAGAUCCUAUGCGUGGAGAACAAUUGUAUCAGCUGUGAUCAAGGAACAAAAUUUGGAGCUGAUCCUUUGCGAACCUGGGUGAGGGAUGAGAAUGGUGAACUGAAAGCAACACACAUAGUUAUUCAAGAGGCAAGCGACAGCCAGGAGGAGCAACAAACUGUCAAUCAGCAAGAUUGCCUGACCACAACUUAUGCUGCAGCUGCCAACUGCCCGAUUCUACCCAUCAGAUGCAAGAGUACUAAUGCUGAGCUUCAUAAAUCAAAAUUUGGCUCUGGUGGAAGGGGGCGCUGCAUCAAACUCGGUGAUACAUGGCACACUCCCAACGAGUUCGAAGCACUUUGUGGAAGAGCAUCAAGUAAAGAUUGGAAAAGAAGCAUCAGAUUUGGAGGACGCAGCUUGCAAGUUCUUAUAGACGCAGGCAUUUUGUUACCACAUGCCACCAGUUGUAUUUGUGCUGCUUGCUGUGGAGAUGAAUCAGCAAGUGGACCCGUUAGAUUAUUUACCCCGUAUAAACGGCGGAAAAGGAGAGAAGAUGAACAUGAUAGCGGUCAUCGCAAGGUCAAAAAAAUCAAACGCUGCUCGGAUGGAACCAGUAAUGACGAGGACGAAAGUAAUGAUGAUUCCAAAGAUGGUGAGCCACUUCUGAUGAUAAAUGGAAGUAACCGUCGUUGGAGCCAGGAUGGAGUACCAGUCAAGACUGAAUUUAGUGGCGGAAUCAAAUCAGCUAGUGCUGCUGUAAACUCAGUGACUGAAACAGCCCAAACAGUCAUCGAUUCCAUCGAGUCAGUUACUGCCGAGAAGGAUGAUACUGGCUCAAGUGAUCCUUUCACCAAAGUAGAAAAUGUUGCCAACAAAUUAAUUAAACUUGCAUAUCAACUAAAGAAGUCAGUUGAGGAAAGUAGAGCGCAGUGGCAGAGGGAAGUGUCCACUCUAGAAGAAGCUUUGCGGAAAGAAAAGGAAAAUGCUAUAUUGAACAGUCGAGUCGACACUCAGCGAGUUGUCGACGAUUCUUCAGUCCAUUUUGUAAAUUCAUUGAAUUCUGUUAGUCUCCAGCCAACUGCAGAUAACAAUGAACAGAAGAAGUGUGCCAACUGUGAUAGGGAAGCGUAUGCAGAGUGUUCCUUGUGUCGCCGAACGCCAUACUGUUCGAUAUUCUGUCAGCGGAAAGACUGGGCUGUCCACCAGGUGGAAUGUGUUCGCUCGGAUCCAAACAGUAUUAUGCUGAUCGUGGAAACGGCAGAUGGUGUCGUCAACUGAUUGUAAGCUCAAGAUUUUUAGUUUUAUUUCAUCAUCAACUCAGCCUGUUCUCAGACUACUUUAAAAUCCAAGCAGUAAUUGCAGAACCAAAGCACCAGAUGCAGAUGAUAUUGAUCAGUGAUUUUGAUGACGUCUGCAUGUAUUCAAACAAUUAGUUCAAAUUGAUAUACUAGUCACCCGCAGGUUUGACUUCCUUCAAAAGUCUGAUAUGAACUCACACUGUUCAUAGUUCCUCAGUGUCUCUGUGCUGCAAAUGGAUUAUUGUUAACUGUGAUAACAACUUUAAGUUUUAGUGUUUUGAAUAUCAUGAUCUUCAAUGGGGUAGUUGCAAGGAAUUUGUUUAAUCCGAACCUUAAAGUUUGAGGUCUACAGAGUAUUGAGGAAUUUUUUAAAAAAAAUUCCAUUCACUGGAACUUUACGGAAUAGCACAACAGAUGACGCUUUGGCUCGGUAAACACUCGGUCAAGAUAGGGGUGAUGGCGCUGGGCCGGGCCUUGUAUACUAACUGAUGUCACAGCGAAUGGAAAUCGUUUAUUUUAUUACUGCAAUUUAUCGACUUUUAAUAGAGCUUUUGACUCAAUUUCAGAACUUGCAAAUUCAAAAAACGCUUUUUCGCGAAAAGUUCUGCUAGAAACAGUAAUCAGAUCUAAAAUCACAGCUGCAUGCAACUACCCCAUUUCCUAAUUCUUUAAGCUCAAAUUGAAUCAAUGAUUUUGCAAAUGCCAUCCUCAGUUUUAGUAGAAUUAGAUGUUAAUGAAAAAAUUUAGUCAAAGAUAAGUUGAUUUGGCUCCCUUUAACUCACUGUUCGUUCAGUACAUCUGAUCUUUUUUUACUCUAAAAGUUUUGAUCUUAGCUCGCAUUGAUUUUUUAACUUCCAAUUUGACCUGUGUAUGGUAAAGUAAGCUAGAGGUAAAUAAUAUGCAGUUUUCAUGUACUGUGAAAGUCCUAGGAAGCUUUCAAGAAAUUGAAGCAUGGAGGUACCAGUGAGGAAAAAUAAAUUUUUCAAGUUUCUUUAAGUUGUGUGGGCUUUACCCCAAACCACUCUGUGAUAUCUUAUGGGUGCUCUGAACAUGGUGGCCCUGAAAGGGCCGGUUGAGUACUGAAUCUUAAUGGGCCUGGAUGAUGUGCUCUGGGCGAUGGAGCUACUAGACAGCUGAAUAACAACAGGUGUGGACCGGCUUAAGUGACACAAGGGCUGGGUGGUGCUACUAAUAUAGCACCGGCAGGCAGGUGUAGGACCUAAUGAGAAGAAAGUGAGAGAUGGACUGUUGCCAUUGAAUGGUGGCUGGCUAGCUGCCGCAGUACCUUCUACGGUCGAGACAGAGUCUGCAGGUGCUUGGUGAACACAGGAAAGUGGUAUUGUACUCACUUUUUUGAGGUCCGAUCCUUUAUUUCUGUGUGUGGUGGUUAUCUGAUGGCCAUUUUGAGCUUUAGAUCAUCAUCAUGUGUAGGUAUUUUUGCGAAUAUUUGCUGUCAAUUAUAAAACACUAAAUAACAAGAAAACUGUACAGAGUGCAUACUUCUGAUCACUAAUUACUGAAAUGAUUAAAAUUCAGAAAUAUUACUGGACUAAAUGUACUUCGUUAUUACUUUGCUUGUGUUGACUGGUUUAUCACUCCUGAGUAAGUUUCUCGGUCAGUGUCGUUUUUCUCGUUACUCAAAAAUUCUUCUCUCACCUAAAGAAGUUAUUUCGCCUCUUUGUCAUUCUCCAUUGCCUUUGAUUGUAACUCCCUGGAAGCAGUACAAGACAUAAAAAACCUGCCAUAUUCCUUGCUCUUUGCGAUGCCUCUUUGUUACUGGGUGAGUUGAGCAAAACUCCUAUGCCUAGUUGAAUUGAGUUGUCAAAGCACCUUAUUUUUUUUUUCACAAACAAUAUGGGAGCAAAGCCCAAAAACUAUACAAGAGAAAAAACAGCUGAUAAACAAAAGAAGAUAACGACCACAGAGAAUUUGACAAUAACAAAAGUGAAAGAAAGAAAAGACAUAGCAAAGAAGAAACAAGUCACUCAUCAAGGUCGAACUCCAAGGCCCACACCUUCACUAAAAACUUUAAAGGUAAAAGCUCAUAUAGGCUUUGACGGCCAGGUGCUCGAGUGAUUGGUGGCCCUAAAAAGGGCCGUUUUCAAAUGGUGCGGCGACGACUGUUGGCGAGUCGUCUUCUCUGCGGGCAGCCGGUUUGGGACGUCUUCGGCUGGUCAGGAUGUACGGUCAGAGCGGCAAUGACAGGUGGACGGCCAGGUGACGAGAGCUGAUGGAUGUGACCAGGUGGGCGGUCAGGCGUAGAUUGAUUUCGAUCGUGCGCGCCGGCUGAUUAUAUAGCCGGCGGCAGGUGGGUCGCCGCCCAAUCAGUGCGCGGGCAGGUAACCGCUAGUGGCGGAGGAGCCGCCACAGGAUUCCCCUCGGUUCCAGACGGAGUCUGUAGCGGGGGUUGUAGAAGACUGAAAUAGUAUCACCUCGGGUGGCUUCAUCAUUGGUGUUCGGCAAAAGCAAAAUCUGUGCGUACACCUUGCUGGCGGAUUGGUGCAGCGGCAGAGGUUUCGACAGCAUCCGCAAGAAGCGCAGAUUUGUGGGUGGAAAGAUCUGUCGGCUUCGUAGCGGAUGAUUGGAGGUGCGUGUGCUAGAAUCUCCGGUGGAACGAGUUGCAAGAAUUUACGUUCCACCGUGAAGGCUGCUGCUUUGGGUUUGACCAUGAUUCCCGCGUUGGCAGGUAAACUGUUAGACACCCUGGGUUUUGCUGGUUUACGAGGCUGGUAAAGUGCUUGUCUGUUUCGCCCGAUAGUUAACCCAAAUUGACGGGCGUACUCAAGACACUCUUGCAACUCAAGAGACAUCGAGCUCCAACCCCUGACCAGCCGAAUGAGAAUGGAAUUUUGACUGAGACUGCCUCUCCAGACAUGCUCUACUACCUCUCAGUGGCGACAGGAAAUGGAGACAGAAUUUUUUCCUCGCCAUGUGUGCAAUAAAAAUUACUUCUUGUACAAUGAAAAAAAUUCAUUAUUCAUGAACCCCUUGUGACUAGGCCACCCGGCUCUGGGGCCCAGCACACAAUACAGAAUGAAGUUCUGAAAGGAAAACUACUAAAUGAAUCUUUUGGACAAACAGAGGCACGACCGGAAAGAUACACGCACUAUUUAAAAGGAUUUAGGUAUGGUUGGGGGACACGUCCCCCAACCUUUCAAAGAUGAUACUCACAUCGUGAAAACAGUCCGAGGCUUCUCCACCUGAGUCAAAACUACAACUGACUCCCCAGCGGCUCAGGGCACGCCAUCUCUGAUUGGUCGAUCCAUCAUCAUUCGGCAACUGCAACCAAUCAGAGAUGCCCCGUCCAGAACCACUGGGGAAGUGUCGCCCUCUGGCGAAACUACCAGAAAGCCAUUCUCUCUGAUACAUUACCGUGCUACACCCUUGGUUUGAAAAACUUACUUAAAAAAACCCAAUUAUUCGGAUGUUUCAGUCUUAUCUUAUUCAACUGUUUGUGGUAUGAUUCAUUGUUGUUGAUAGUCCUCAAAGAGCAGCCAUACACUGAUAAAUUUUCUGCGCCAACACUAGGGUGGAGCGUUUUUGGGCUAUGAACCCCUUGGUUUGAAAAACUCACUAAAAAAACCCAAUUAUUCGGAUGUUUCAGUCUUAUCUUAUUCAACUGUUUGUGGUAUGAUUCAUUGUUGUUGAUAGUCCUCAAAGAGCAGCCAUACACUGAUAAAUUAUCUGCGCCAACAGGCCAACACCUGAAAAGAAUUUUCAUGUUACAUAUAGAAAGAUAUGAUCCGGUAUUGUGUUAGAUGUAAUUAUACCUAGAAAUGAUAUUUUUCCGUUUAAAUCAUUUCUCCAACUUUAAUAACCAUGUUCUUCUUAUGCUUAAGGAUGAUUCCUUCUGAAUACAAUUUCCGUUGAAUACGAUUACGUUUAAAUACGAUUAAAAUUGAAUAUUUGAUAACUUCAAGUCUGCUUCUGAACACUUUUAAACUUAUUGAUAUUUUCAUCAUGUCAGAGCAUAAUUAAAUCAAAUUGAGAACUACCAAACUGAAUUGGACUUCAUUCGACAGAGGAGAUUCUAACUACAAACAAAGUUUAGAGAAAAGUUGUCUCUUCUGAAGUAUAGUGAUGAAUUGCACACGAAAGGCAGUGUGCAAGAGAGAUAUAAAACGUAGCUUACAGUUCAGGUCUGGAAUCAAAAAAAAUCCUGUGCCAGACGUAAUGUGACACAUCACUACAAACUGAGUCAUAUUAAAACUUACUUUUUCAGCAAGCCAAAUGUAAGUUCACUGACUCAACUAAAAUCAUUCACCAAACACAUUUUGUUGUAAUCAAGCCAAAACAUUUAGUAGCAAAUACAGAUGCAAAACAUUGCAAUGAAUGCCAACAUUGCAUCUACAAAUAUUUUACACUGUUUGCGAGCCUGAGGGGCAUCUUCCUCAAAAUUUUCAGAUUUUUUGAUAAAUUGAGAGUAUUGCUUCUCUGUAACAAAGUUUGAAGGAAAGACUUUUGGGGGGCUCUUUAGAAAUGUCACUAGGGUACUUUCAUGUAAGUGAUGGAAAUGAACAUACCUUCAAUCCAUUGCUUUUUGACGUAAGCAAGGAGUUCAGCAAAUUUUCCACAUACAUGUUUCCUGAUCAUUCUUUCUAUUUUCUUUACCCCCCUGCUCAUGUCCCCAUGUGGCAACAGAGGGAGUGCCAAAAUGCAUCCUAAGAUUCGUCGUCCCUUAGCCGUUGUGACCAGACGUUUCAUGUGUAGCUUCAAACAUUUCUUGAUAACAUUCUGGAGAGAGGAGAAGAGCAAAAGAAAAGUCUUUUGGAGGGCUCUCAAGAAAUAUCACAAGGGUACUUUCAUAUAAGUGAUGGAAAUAAACGGACCUUCAAUCCAUUGCUUUUUGACAUAAGCAAGGAGUUCAGCAAAUUUUCCACAUCCAUGUUUCCUGAUCAUUCUUUCUAUUUUCUUUACCCCCCUGCUCAUGUCCCCAUGUGGCAACAGAGGGAGUGCCAAAAUGCAUCCUAAGAUUCGUCGUCCCUUAGCCGUUGUGACCAGACGUUUCAUGUGUAGCUUCAAACAUUUCUUGAUAACAUUCUGGAGAGAGGAGAAGAGCAAAAGAAAAGUCUUUUGGAGGGCUCUUAAGAAAUGUCACAAGGGUAUUUUCAUAUAAGUGAUGGAAAUAAACGGACCUUCAAUCAUCACUCAUUCCAAAUCGUUCCAGAAACUCAGAAACAGGUUCUGCCAUAUCCUUGAGGUCUCCUAGAAUCCAAGGUUGGGUUUGGCUUCGUUGAUGAUACAAAGCAUGGCUUUGUUUGAAUUGGAACUAGUUCUGUACAGCCUCAGGAGGAAGCCCAAAAGACAGAAUUUUUCUCCGCCAUGUGUGCAAUAAAAAUUACUUCUUCUACAAUGAAAAAAAUUCAUUAUUCAUGAACCCCUUGGUUUGAAAAACUUACUUAAAAAAACCCAAAUAUUCGGAUGUUUCAGUCCUAUCUUAUUCAACUGUUUGUGGUAUGAUUCGUUGUUGUUGAUAGUCCUCAAAGAGCAGCCAUACACUGAUAAAUUUUCUGCGCCAACACCUGAAACAGAAUUUUUCUCCGUGCCAUGUGUGCCAUAAAAAAUUACUUCUUUAUCACUCAUUCCAAAUCGUUCCAGAAACUCAGAAACAGGUUCUGCCAUAUCCAUUGUACAGGUCCGGCUGAACCGUACUAUAUAGAAAUAAAUAUAAAAAAAAAGAACUAGACAGGAUACUAACACAAUAAUGAACACCAGGGGAUUUGUUGAGCAAGCCAUGCUGUGGGCCUAAGCGAACACAGUACACAGGACAAAAACUGAAGAGUGACUAACUAAAAAGAAAA